GUCAUCAGUUAUUAGCACUAUCAUAUCAGCAAAGAAACUUUCUCCCAUUUCUAUAUUCUGAUGGAGAAUUUUGCUGUUGAAGUUCAAGCUGAAAUGCUGAAGGCCAUUUUUCUACCUUUCAUAUCAACCAGUCAUCUCAUUCCCGUUGUUGACACAGCAAGGCUCUUUGCUAUGCAUGGUGUGGAUGUCACCAUAAUCACCACACCAGCAAACGCCACCAUUUUCCAAACCUCUAUCGACCGCGAUUCGGCUCGCGGUCACUCAAUUCGAACCCGUGUUGUCAAGUUCCCACAAGUUGCUGGUUUGCCAGAAGGAAUGGAGAGCUUCAGCGCUGCCACUCCUCAACACAUAGUCUCCAAAAUCUAUCAGGGACUCUCCCUUCUUCAAGAGCCUUUCCAACAACUGUUCCGUGACCUGAAACCUGAUUUCAUUGUCAGUGACAUGUUCUACCCUUGGACUGUUGAUGCUGCAGCUGAAUUGGGAAUUCCAAGGCUGAUUUGUGUUGGUGGAAGUUACAUUGCUCACUCUGCUCAGAACUCUGUUGAAGUAUUUGCUCCUCAUACCAAGGUGGAUUCGGAUACUGAGAGUUUUUUGCUUCCUGGGUUGCCCCAUGAGUUGAAGAUGACGCGUUUGCAGUUGCCAGAUUGGCUUAGAGCACCAACUGGCUACACUUAUUUGAUGAAGAUGAUGAAAGAAUCAGAGAAGAAGAGCUAUGGAUCAUUGUUCAAUAGCUUUUAUGAGCUUGAGGGAAGUUAUGAGGAGCAUUACAAGACAGCCAUGGGAACCAAGAGUUGGAGUGUGGGGCCAAUUUCUUUAUGGGUGAACCAAGAUGAUUCAGAUAAGGAGGGUAGAGGGCAUGCCAAAGAAGAAGGAAAAGGAAAGGAAGAAGGGUGCCUUACAUGGCUUAAUUCUAAAACAGGGGGCUCUGUUCUCUAUGUGAGUUUUGGGAGCAUGAACAACUUCCCCACCUCCCAGCUAGUUGAAAUAGCUCAUGCCCUUGAAGAUUCUGGUCAUGAUUUCAUUUGGGUGGUUAGGAAAAGUAAAGAAAGUGAAGAUGUAGGUGAUGCUUUCUUAGAGGAAUUUGAGGAGAGAGUGAAAGCAAGCAACAAAGGUUAUCUAAUAUGGGGUUGGGCACCACAACUUCUGAUACUGGAGCAUCCAGCCAUUGGAGCUGUGGUGACUCACUGUGGGUGGAACACCAUUAUGGAAACUGUCAAUGCAGGAUUACCAAUGGCAACUUGGCCUCUUUUUGCUGAGCAAUUUUACAAUGAGAAGUUGUUAGUUGAUGUGCUGAGAAUUGGGGUGGCAGUUGGAUCAAAAGAAUGGAAAAACUGGAAUGAGUUGAGGGAUGAGACAGUGAAGAGGGAGGACAUAGGAAAGGCUAUUGCUUUAUUGAUGGGGGGUGGAGAAGAGUCUUUAGAAAUGAGGAGAAAAGCCAAAGAGCUUGGUGAUGCUGCAAAGAAAGCUAUACAGGUUGGUGGGUCUUCUCACACUAAGUUGAAAGAACUUUUUGAAGAGCUGAAGUCAGUCAAAUUGCAAAAGGUCAAUCACAAAAUAAAAGGGAAGACUUAGAGACAAUUUUAAAUUUAGUAUUUUGAUAUCAUGUUUUCAAUUUGGUAUGAAGUAUGAUUUCACCAGCCUAAUUAUCCGAGUGUUUUUUGUAUUCCUAACAAUUGCUUGUCCUCAAGCAAAUAAACUAUAUUCUAGAUAAAAUGCACACUAAAUAAAUGGGGUGGCUUCAGGAAAAUUGUAAUUUGAGUGAUUUGACAUGUUGUCUACAAUUUGGUAUCAACUACAAUCAUGCUAAUCAUUGGUUUUUAUU